AUGCUAAAGGACAAGCGCGCCGCCUUCCUGCGGCAGCAGGAGCGCGUGCAGGCGCGCACCGUCGUCGACCAUGCCGCCGCCACAGCCGCCAGGCGCCAAGCCGCCCCUUCCUCCGCCGUCGCUGCGCCGGCGAGCACCGCUGGCGCGGGGGAAGUUGCGGGGAGCGGAAAGGGCAUCGCGGUGGGGUUUCAGGGGCUGCAGGCGGAGAACUGGCUGGCGGACGCGGGGAAGUACGAGGCGGUGCUGCGCGUGCGACAGCUGCCGCUGGGGCAGAAGAUCAAGAAGGUCAUCGACCUGCUCUUCCGGGAGAGGCAGGGGCUGACAGCGGAGCAGGUGGAGGCGGUGACGAUGGUGGACCUCACCACCAGCCGCGAGCUGCAGGCCAGCCUGCGCGCCAACCCCAAGGUCACUGUGCACGGCAACACCUACAUCUACAAGGCGAAGCAUGAUCUGGCAGGGCGGGACGACCUGCUGAGGCUGAUCCGCGAGCACAAGGAUGGCAUCCCCAUGGCGGACGUGCGUGACGCCUACAGCGGCGUGGCGCAGCACGUGCAGGAGCUGCGGGCGGCGGGGCAGGCGUGGGUGCUGUUCAACGCGGACAGCGGCGACGAGGUGCUGUUCCCCAACGACCCGCGCAUCGCCAUCAAGGUGGACGCCGACAUCCGCGCUCUCUUCCGCCGCAUCGACCUGCCGCGCGACCUCACGGACCUGGAGAAGGAGCUGCAGCGCUGCGGCCAGACCCCCGCCAUGCCCGCCGUGCGCCGCCUGCAGGCGCUCGAGGGCGCCAUGACCGCCCAGACCCAAAAGCCCAAGGCGAAGAGGAAGCGGGAGUCGAAGCGCACCAAGUACACCAACAACCAUCUGCCAGAACUCUUUGCUAACACACCCAUGUGA